AUGACGAGGGACAUUACUAUCGCCGCCUUUGCCUCUAUUGUCGUUGCCGUCCAGAUGGUCGGACUUGCCUACUAUGACCGCGAAUACUCGGACGCCCUAGACUUUUUAAGCCGAAGCUCCUCCCUAUCUGACCAGAUAGAGAUUUGGUUCUGGAGGUGCUAA